GCUCAAAGUGACAGGCAUGAGCUUUGUCGUCAGGACGUUCAGAAAGUUGUUUGCCUAGUCUGCAACACAGAGCAGCCGGUAUCCAAAGUGUGUUCAAAUUGUGGGGUCAAUAUGGGAGAGUACUUUUGUGAAGCAUGCAAGUUCUAUGACGAUGAUAUUGAGAAAGGGCAAUAUCACUGCAAUGACUGUGGCAUAUGCAGAGUUGGAGGCAGAGAGAAGUACUUUCAUUGCCAAAAAUGUGGAUCUUGCUACUCAAUUGAGUUGCGUGAAAAGCAUUUAUGCGUGGAGAACUCAAUGAGGCAAAAUUGCCCGAUUUGUUAUGAGUAUCUUUUUGACUCUCUCAAAGAGACUAGGGUUCUAAAAUGUGGGCAUACCAUUCAUGGUGAAUGUCUUCAUGAGAUGGUGGCACAUUCUCAAUUGACGUGUCCAAUAUGCUCCAAGUCAAUAUACGACAUGUCAAAGCAUUGGAGGAAAUUGGAUGAGGAGAUAGCUGCAACAAUCAUGCCUGCAGAUUACAUGUACAAGGUGGUAUGGAUACUCUGCAACGACUGCAACAAAGUAUCACAAGCCCUGUUCCACAUCGUCGGCCACAAAUGCAGCCACUGUCGAUCCUACAACACGCGAACUAUCUCCGCUCCGCCGCCGUCCGAGACGCCCCAUUAGCUCGCUUCAGUUCUUCGCAAACAUCGUGUGAUUCGAUUCAUUUCAAUCUCUCUUGCGGGUGCGCACAUCUGCUACAGCCCAAGUUUUUUUUUUCCUUUUUUUCUUUUUUUUUUUCAGGAGGCAACGCCGUAUAGUCAGAAAGAAAGGAGGUGGUGUGAAAUUGGCACGUGGAUGAACUCGAUUUAUUGACUUUUUUUUUUUUUUUUACUUUUGUCUGUAACCUGGAAUUGGUUUGCUAGGAAUCAUCCUCACGGAUUGCGUUCUCAGUUUCUCUGUGACCCAAAACUAAAUCUGGUACAUCAAAAAUUUGCGUUUACAUUCUCA